ACGGUGUGGCGCAUGAACACCGGCGACUUUUUUUUUCCCAGAUAAAUCCUAAAAUCACCCGAGUGUAAUUCUCUCUGAAAACCCUAAUCCCUCUUGGUCUCACUCUUCCUCGACGGUGGAGAAGAAGGAGAAGAAAGCGAGUGAUUCAACAAUCUCCCUUCCUUCGCCAACUGUAGAACGCUUUAGUUCCAAGGAGCAUCUCAACACCUCACAGACCAAACCCCAUAUCUCCACACAAAUGGCACUGGUUGUGAUUUGUGGGCAACCCUGCAGUGGGAAGUCAACUGCUGCAGUCUGCCUAGAUGGAGCUCUAAAAGACUCGGAAUCCAAACUGACAGUCAGGGUAAUUGAUGAAGCCUCCUUUCAUCUUGAUCGCAAUCAAUGCUACGCUAAUAUGACUGAAGAAAAAAUGUUGAGAGGAGUGCUCAGAUCUGAAGUUGAUAGAUCUGUGUCAAAAGACAGUAUUAUCAUAGUGGAUUCCUUGAACAGCAUCAAGGGUUACAGAUAUGAGCUGUGGUGUUUGGCUCGUGCUGCAGGUAUAAGAUAUUGCGUGCUGUUUUGUGAUGUAGAGGAAUCCCAUUGUAGAACAUGGAAUGAACAACGCAGCAAGAAUGGAGAAGUUUCAUAUGAUGAUAAAAUAUUUGAAGAUUUGGUAAGAAGGUUUGAGAAACCAGAUAGAAGAAACCGAUGGGAUUCCCCCUUGUUUGAACUAUGGCCAUUUAGAGAUGGGAUAGAGAAAUCCUCUGCUGCCAUUUUAGAUGCUGUUUCAUACUUGACAAAAAAAGCCGACUCGAAAACACGAGACAUCAAAAUUCUGCAGCCUACAAUAGCAACACAAAGUGCCCGGUUCUCAGAGGCCAAUUCGCUCUAUGAGAUGGACAGGGCGACACAGGAGAUCAUCAAUGCUAUUGUGGAAGCACAAUCCCAGGCGAGUGGAGGGCCUGUAAAUGGCAUCUCUCUGGGCCAGGGAUUAGCACCUAUCAAUAUCUCAAAAUCAGUUGGACUGCCAGAGCUACGAAGGCUGCGACGAACAUUCAUAAAACUGACUGGACAGUCGAGCUUAAGCGGGCCACCCCCACCAUCUGAUUCAGACAGUGCAAAGAGAAUGUUUGUGGAUUACUUGAACAGAGAAUUAGGAAGUGCUUAACAGGAGGGAGUGAUUGAUAUUUUGCUUGGAUCCUCAGGUAAUUUGUUUGAUCUGGUGGUGUCCAUCUCUUCAGCAGCAAACAUUCUAAUGUCUUUUGUAUGAAAGAUGUAUGAUUUCUGUACUAAUGAAUUAACCUUUUUGUAAAAGUUGCUAUUUAUGUUGGUCAAUAUCCUACCAUACAAAGUUGGGCAACUUAGCUUACCUUUUUUUUUUUCUGAGUAAGAAAUAUAUAUAUAUUUUUUUCUCCUC